AUGGACUACAUCCAAGACAUUCGCCGCUCUGGCACCCUCCCCUACCCGAAUCUCAUUCAGAGUUACGCAACGGCGAACCAACAUCAUUUCUUCCUUGAGCCUGAGGAACCCUCCCCGGAAGGUGGUGCUGGUAAGCAGUACCAAACGGCAGUAGAAGCCUCUAUCGAGAAUGCAAUCAAGUUCCGCUUUGGAAAUUUCGGUUCCACCACUCAUAUAUACCGAAAAGACAGGGCCGGGAAAGGAUCCCACUUCAUUAUGUUCUAUCGUCGCGACCGCGGUGAUUUUGAUCAUGGACUUGCUCGAUCUAAUGAGGAUGUCUACGAAUGUGCUAAGAUGAACAUCUUACGCCAUCCCCUGCGUGAUGACUUCAAUAAUCCGGAGUACGCUACCAAGCAACGGGCCCCUACCAGUAGUCUAGUCAAGGCUCUGCUUCGCCUAAACAAUUACCCGGCAAUCCCGGGCACGGUCAUGAGUGCACCGCUGUUGCCGCGGUGUGAUCCUAUCUCUUCAAUACCCGAGGACGGCCUUAAGCCAGGGCAGUUUUCUAAGCCUAAGCAUACACAACCUACAGCUCUUACCAGUGUGUUUGAGAUACCAGAACUUUGCAUAUCGAUCAUGCUAGAGAUUGGCCAUCGUUGGGGAGACUUGUCUAACCUUAGUCGCACAUGUCAAACUAUUAUGUUUGCACUCAAUGCUAUCUCAACACGUGUAGACGUCCUUAGCGGCAACUUCCUCAACCUAGAAUUCAGCGACGCCGAGAUCGAUAAAGCCAACGCCGGAUUAACCCCUGAAGAGAUAGAGCAGGGUAAAUUUAUAAAGCCCUCCUCACCGCAUUUCCUGGUCCUUUCGAAUGUCAGACCACUCUACAAGGCCCCGGAGGACGGGGAGGACGAGCCGGACAGCUUUGGAUUUCCCGCUCGUCCAAAGGGAAAGAUCUCCAGGCCGACCGCAGAGAGGAGAGUAAUUGAUACUUACCGAUUCUUGCGAACAAUCGAUGUUCGUGGCCAUCAGAUCAAAAUCCUCCAUCUCCACUCCGUUCCAAAUUUCGACAUUCCCCUUCUCAAGAAAUGUCUUGAGCGGAUGCCGAACUUAGAAAUACUCGGAGUUUACAAUUGUGUACUUUUGCAUUUCGGCGAGACCGUCCCGUUCCUGAAAGCCAUAAUCGCGCACAACAAGAAGCCCGGGAACAAAUUCGUCCGAUCUGACUUCUCGCCUGUCUAUUACCCCGGACUUCCCGUGGGUUCGGAAGGGAGAACUGGAGAAUACGGGGUCAUACCGUCGGACCAAGGAUUGAUAGAUACUCGCAGAGCCAUUGUGGCAGUACUGCGUAAGGUUGUCUCUCUCGCCUUGAAGAAUGAUAUAGAUUGGUUCACACCUGGCACUGCCAUGCGACAGUAUCUAGAACGAAUCCCCUUCGCCCUCGGCUCACUUCGAUAUAUCCUCGAGGCCUGUUAUAACAUCUACUACCACGAACAUGGUCUAUACUACCCGUUUCUUAAAGAUGCUUUAAAACAAGGUAUAGUCUUCGAUAAUAACGAGCCCCGACACGAAGCAAUGCGUUGCACCGUCUAUAAUGAUCUCAUACUGGCGGUUGAGGGCAAACCCAUGCAACGGGACCGCUUGGUGGCCAUAACCAUGAGUGAAGGCUUUUCCAAGCUUAUAACAUGUGCAUUCUGCGCAACCCCCUUGCCCGCGUAUUUCUUUACGCAGGAAUCGAUAGACCGCCAGUCGGACCAAGUUGAGUGCUGCGGUUGUCAACUCGGCACUCAACUGGAGCACCAUGUUGAUAACUUCUUCCAGGAGAGGAAGGGAGUUAUGCAUUUCCUGUUCGAUGACGAACAGAUCACGGAUAUUAGCAGUUUCCUCAACGCCAAGAGGACCGCUACGCCCGAAGAACUUCGCAAUCCAAAGUUCGACUUCUGGCUCAUAUCCGUCAAAACAAAAGACGAAGUAUUAGCAGCACGACCCGACAACGAAGAGGCUUUUAUCCUGGACUGGCGACCCGGUCCCAGCCACGAUGAGGAGGCGAAGCAGAUCUGGGUGUGGAAAGAGCGCGUCGUGAAAGCGAUGCGAUACGCAAAGCGCAACAUAGACGAGGGGCUUAAACAAUCCAUGGAGGCCAUUGCCGACUGUAGGAAGGAUAUCGGGAUCUUAGACGACCUAUACUACAACGGACACCUCCAGAAUGCUUUCGAGAUUAGACAGAACCGUAACACGGUGGAUAGCAUCGAGCGCUACAUCGUGCAGGAACGCGCCCGGUGCGGCUUGGCGCAGAUGACAGGAAGAUUCGGGACUACACUGGCUGCUAACUGGGACGACGAGAUCAAGAAGUACCGAGAGAUUGUUCAGAUCGAAGCUGGACUGAUCGAAAACCUUGGCCCUCGCCAUGUGUGGGAGACUCGGGGCGGCAUCUUCUAA